AGCCGGUGUGGACCUCGUCUUUGCAACUGGGCAAGGGCAUUCUCUCCCACUUCUACACGGGGAGCAGCUGAGCAAAUGUGUCAGGGAGACCACCCUGUGUGCCAGGCACUGACCGGCAGCUUCCUCAGCUUCCGGCAGCUGAGGUCGUCUCUAACUCAGGGUGCGGGCAGCUAGGAGCCCGCAGCAGCACGCAGCUCCCUUCGCUCACGUGGAAAGAAGCUUUUACCGCUGGAGUCUGCAACCAGAGCGCCCGCAAAGCUCCAGGUCCUGGGCAGUCAGGCCUACCUGCCAAGGUGCCACCCAAGCACUCGUAGCCGUGGACAGCUCCCUCACCGCGCGGUCCAUUCCUCUGCAGUGAGCAGACUCGUGUUCAGCCUGCAUCUGUCGGUGCGGCACCGGACACCAAGUCCUCGCCAGCGCUCACAGAACACGCGCUCCCUACCUCCUCCCUCUGGGCGCCCCCGCCCCUCGCUCACCUCGGCUCACUCCAGGGGCGACUUUAAGGGAUUCCCUCUCGGACGGCCUCUGCAGCAGCACAUCUGGCCUCAUUCACUGCACGGCAGGCAUGGAUCUCCGAGGAAGAGCCGUUCUCAGCUGGAACAGACUUGGAGUUCUCCUGAUGCUGUUCCAUACAAUGGCUCGAAUCAUGGCAGAACAAGAAGUGGAAAAUCUCUCAGGCCUUUCCACUAACCCUGAAAAAGAUAUAUUUGUGGUGCGGGAAAAUGGGACGACAUGUCUCAUGGCAGAGUUUGCAGCCAAAUUUAUUGUCCCUUAUGAUGUGUGGGCCAGCAAUUAUGUUGAUCUGAUCACGGAACAGGCUGAUAUCUCACUGACCCGGGGAGCUGAGGUGAAGGGCCGCUGUGGCCACAACGAAUCGGAGCUGCAGGUGUUCUGGGUGGAUCGCGCAUACACGCUCAAAAUGCUGUUUGUAAAGGAAAGUCACAAUACGUCCAAGGGACUCGAGGCGACGUGGAGGCUGAGCAAAGUCCAGUUUGUCUACGACUCCUCCGAGAAGACCCAUUUUAAAGACGCAGUCAGUGCUGGGAAGCACACGGCAAACUCACAUCACCUCUCAGCCUUGGUCACCCCAGCUGGAAAGUCCUAUGAGUGUCAAGCUCAGCAGACCAUUUCACUAGCCUCCAGCGAUCCUCAGAAGACAGUCACCAUGAUCCUGUCUGCAGUCCAUAUCCAGCCCUUUGACAUCAUCUCUGAUUUUGUCUUCAGUGAAGAGCAUAAAUGCCCAGUGGAUGAGCGGGAGCAGUUGGAGGAAACUUUGCCCCUGAUCUUGGGGCUCAUCCUGGGCCUCGUCAUUGUGGUAACGCUGGCGAUUUACCACAUCCACCAAAAAAUGACUGCCAACCAGGUGCAGAUCCCUAGGGACAGGUCCCAAUAUAAGCACAUGGGCUAGGGGCCAUUAGGCAGGCAGCCCCAAGCCCCACUACCCCAGCUGGAUCAGGCAGAGAAACAAAAGCACUUUACUACCUUGUACAUGGGAUACACCAACAUAGCCACAACUUAACAGUCCUGGGUAUCCAAGGCUUGCUUGGCCGGCAUCCAUGCUUACACCCAGGGAUGGAGGGAUUUUUUGGAUUCACGGGGUGAAUGGCAGUUGUCCUCUCCAUGCUGGGGAAUGGGAACAGAGGAGGUCAGCCAGCUUUCACAUUCAUGGUGGCUUGGCUUUGACUCUUGAAGGAGCAACACAUACGACUCAGAGGGGUAUCUAGACCCAUAGUUUACAGAUUGGGAAGACAUCCCUUUUGGGAAGACACCCCUUUAGGUUCAAAGGAAUAGGGGGUGCCUUGCUCCCUUGAACACAGUUGGCUUACCCUACACAAUUGUCAAUGAACACAAAAUACAACUUCAUGCUCCCUACAGCAAGACCCUUGAAAGUGAUCCAUGCUUCUGGCUGGCAUUCUGCAUGUCUAGUGAUUGUCUUGGGAAUGUUUCACUGCUACCCGCACCCAGUGACUUCGCAGCACAAGAACCCGUUUAAUGUAACUAUGCAGAGUUGUUUGGACUUCAUAGUGCACCAGGUCCAAGUAAGGGGACCUGAAGAAUCAAUCAAUCCAUGUGAGCUUGUUCUUCAAAAUGAAUUAAAACACACUACACUCUAAAGUGUGGCUGCUUUUUUGAAACAAGAAAACAAACCUAAAAUGGUUUCUUUGGCAUCCAGAGGUGAGAGAAAUGAUAAAAACAGGUUUUCCAUUUCUGCAAGAGGAAAAGCAAAGAGAGGGUAGAGAGGCUUUGAAGUGGAAGUUGGCCUUUCCAGGUGAAAAACCAUAGAUUUAUUCUGGCAAAUAGAAGUUGUUUUAUUUAUGGCACCUCUUGAAUAAUUGGUCUGAUAUUGCUUCUGAUGCUUUCUGGUCUUGAGUUUGGUAUUUCACUUUGGAUUA